CAUCUGUGGCUUCGUUUCCGCUCGCCCUCUCGUUUGUUUCCCAUCGAUCGAUGUGUGGAUCGCGAUAACUGGGAGUAGCUUCGUGUUGUCUGUUCUUUCUGUCGAUGUCUUUGCUCCUUUAGGGUUAGGGGAUUUGGAGCGCACCCUCUCGGUUGGAUCUGGGAUUGCUUGGUCCUGUUCUUCUGCUGCAACGGAGAUCGAGUCGCUUUCCCUGCUUCAUCAGCAAAAUCUUCGAUUUUGAGCUAUCGAUCGCUGGCCAUUGAAUUCCUUCGCGAAAUCGACACUUGGUUAGCUUUCGCUCUUGAUUAUGGACGAAGGGGACGUCGAUUUCUCUAAUCCGGAGGUCUUCUCUGGCCCGAGUGCUGGUGAAGAUCUUCCAAGUAGCUGCUCAAUGGAUAGUUUCUUCGACAACAUCUUCAACGAGAGCCAGCAGCAUUCAUGCACCCAUACCCACACUUGCAACCCUCCCGGGCCUGACCUCUCUCACACCCAUACUUGCCUCCAUGUCCACACCAAAAUUCUCACUGCUGCGGCGGAUGAGACUGCCGAGUCUGUGGAGAAGAAUUCUUCGACAAAGAAAAGGUCUUGCGGUAAUCGAGAAGCUGUUCGGAAGUACAGGGAGAAGAAGAAAGCUCAUGCGGCGUCUCUGGAGGAGGAGAUUGCUCAACUAAGAUUGAUUAAUCAGCAACUGGUGAAGAGACUUCAGAACCAAGCUGCCCUCGAAGCUGAGGUUGCAAGGCUGAGAUGCUUGCUUGUAGAUCUAAGGGGGAGGAUUGAAGGAGAGAUCGGAACUUUUCCUUAUCAGAAACCGGUGAAAGGGAGUGGAGAUAUUGGUUCCAAUGCGUUCCAAGCAAACCUGCUGGGUGAUGCCCAGGUUCUAAACUCAUGUGGUUUCCGUUGUGACGAUCAGGUUUCCUGCCUCCAUCCAGGGAUGCAAGGAAAGAACAUUGGAGAAAAUGGUGCAUUUAAUGGUCAGGGUGUUCGACACUGUGAGAUUGGUAACAUCCAGUGCAUGGGGAGUUCAACCUCUGGAUCUAAGAACUUCUUUGGCUGCGGAAGAGGGCCUGCAAGACAAGUUGAUUGCUCGUCUAAUACCACAAAGAUAGAAGGUGCUCAUGCAGCGGAGGAUUUAUGAUCUGUUUUCCAAACAUCCACGGUGGUUGAGGUUGUGAAUCAGUAGUGGUUCAGCUUUCUUUUGGUCUUACUUUUUAUUCCAAUCUGUAGCCUUAUGAAUUGAACUCAGCAGCUAUCUUUGACGAUCCUUGAACUAUCGAUUUGUCAAGUGAUUUUGCAGUUAGUUUCUUUGUUUUUUUUUCCCCUUCAAGACUAAAUAUGAUGUACAAGGUAGAAUUAAGUGAACAAGACUGUUCUGGAUGAAGCUAUGAUCAUAUGCAUUAUCAAAUACACUCCAAUUGUAACAGUUGCAGAUGUUUUUAUUGGAAUAGUUACAAUAAGGAACUUUAUGGAUACAUUUGUAUUUUAGUUGGACUAUGUCUUCAUAGUCCUUAAUUUACUGGUGAAUG